UAAGGCAACGUGUUGUCUGUAUUUACCGCAAAGUCAAACGGGUUUCCAGGACUUCCUUCCUCUUUUAGCCGGACGAAGCCGAACCAUGUGCCGCGGUUUCUGGAGCAGUGUUGCGGUGACCCACGGGCUGAUAGCUCUGUUCGCAAUGGGCUCCUGGAUUUCCGUCAACAGUCUGUGGGUCGAGCUCCCGGUGGUCGUCAGUGUGCUACGCGAAGGAUGGAAUCUGCCUGCCUACCUCUCAGUGCUGAUAGCCUUAGGGAACCUGGGGCCGAUAGUAGUCACCAUCAUACACCACUGUGCUCCGGGACGUUUAAAAGAGCGCCUCGCCAUCCACUGCAUCCAGGUGCUGGCGGUGGCAGCAUCUGGUCUCUUGGCUGUCUUCUGGUCACACACUGUCACAAUAGCCGGAAAGGAAAGGUCACUGCUGUUCCUGCUCUUCACCUUCGUGUUGGCUUUGGUUUGCUGCACAUCCAAUGUCACCUUCCUGCCUUUUAUGUUUCGUUACCCCCCUCAGUAUAUCCGCACUUUCUUCAUCGGUCAAGGCUUCAGCGCCUUGUUCCCUUGUGUUGUGGCUUUAGGGCAAGGCGUUGGCAAGCUGGAGUGUAAAACUGUGAAUGGCACAGUGAAGCCAGAGUAUUUGAAAGAGAACUUUCCUGCACAGAACUUCUUCUGGUUCCUGUGUGUUAUGCUGUCAAUAUCAUCUCUGAGUUUCUGGGCUUUAACACAAAGAAGGACAGAGUCACCGGAAGAUGCACUGCCACAGGAGUCUGACAAAGCAGCAGCGGAAAAAUAUGGAGAGGAAACGCACCCGCUUCACAACGGAGGGACGCCGGUGUCUGAGGAGCAGAUACAGGUGGAGGAACAGCCACCUGCUCCGACAUUUUGGACACAGCGGAACAUCUACCUGCUGUUGCUGCUCGCUGUCUGCAACGCCCUCACCAACGGGGUCCUGCCGUCUGUGCAGAGUUUCUCCUGUUUGCCUUAUGGCACAAUGACCUAUCACCUCUCUGUGGUGCUUGGCAACAUAGCGAACCCCUUGGCCUGCUUUCUAGCUAUGUUUGUUGUCCUGAGGUCGUCCACUGGUCUGGGCUUCUUGGCUUUAGGAGGGGCAGUUUUUGCUGCAUAUCUCAUGGCGUUAGCAGCACUCAGCCCCUGUCCUCCACUCCUGGGAAACCCUGCUGGCAGGGCUGUAGUGGUCAUCUCCUGGAUUGUUUUCACUGCCCUCUUCUCCUAUGUGAAAGUGGUGAUUGGGACUUUGCUUCACGAGGCAGGUCACGCUGCCCUGCUGUGGUGCGGCAUCUCUAUCCAGGCCGGCUCCCUCAUCGGAGCCCUCACCAUGUUCCCUCUGGUCAACGUCUAUCACGUGUUUGCCCGGGCUCAAGAAUGUGUGGAUAACUGCAGUUAGCAGGAGUGAGAUGUGUAAUGUUUUUCUAAAUUCUGUUUUGUAUGGACACAGUUACCACAGUUCAUUUUCUGAAGGAAAUGACUGUUUCAGCCCUGUUUUGGGGUUCCUGUUCCUGAACGAAGCACCAGAUCUGUCUUGGCCUUAUCUUUCAUGCCACCAAUGAGGCAUUCUCUCCUGAUUCAGAGGCCUCUGAGUCUGUAAAAGUAUAAACAUUCCCAGAUAAUGGGAGCAUUGUGUUGCUGCAUGUUGGCCAAGGGCAUGCAAAUGCGUAUGAUGCAGUAAUACCACAAAUGCUUUGUGUAGUGUUUCAUAAUAGGUCUCUGUAGUUGAAGUUGUUUACGGUUGCAAAAGCAGCAGCUGAUGGAUUUUUUUUCCUGACCACAACAACACACAUGAAAACUAAUUUACUCAGGGACACAACCAUUAAAUUAUUCAUCCACAUCUCUCGCUCCUGAAUUAGAAAUUCAUUAGAAAUGUGUUUAUCCAACAGAUUUAAUUUGCAGAAUUUGAAAAAGCGUCCUCAAUUUUGCAGAAAAAAGUUUUUACACGCGUUUGAGGUGGUUUUUUUCCUUUUGCGCUUAAUGGGAGGUGAAACACCUUUUUGGAGGAAGGUCUGACGUAGGGAAGAUGUAACUCACAUGAAAGGUCAGCUGUUUCAGCUCCUCGUCACUCCACACAGAUCAGAUGUAACCUUCCGCCCAUUAAUACACGAAACAAACAGAAAUGUCAUAUUUCCAUCGUGUUUCCUACUUAUUUUUUUUUUCACUGUUUAAGUUUUGGCUGGCUCCUUUUUUAUUGUCAUCUUGUUGUGCCUUCACCUGCAGUAGUAAAAUGGUUUUCAAACUUGGCGCCACCUACUGCUUAUCUCGAUGUCCCAACUUGCCUUUUCGCAGAUUGUCUUGAAAUUCGUUUGAAAUUAUCAUUACAUUUGUUACAAACUACAGUCCCGUCUCUAGGUGACCAGUUUUUUUUAGUUACUGUUUUUAAAUCUUUGACUACCUCUUCCCUUUGAUUCCAUGUACGCCUGAAACAUAAAUUAUAUUUACUGUUUCAUUAGAGUCAGAUAUGCAGUUCAUUUGUGCGGCAUGUCAGUGUUGAGAGAAUUGUCUAAUUUAUAAUUCAGUAACUGUAUAUAUUUCAUAGAUGGAGUGACAUUCCUUGAUUCAAUGCCAAAAUUAUUUCUCUGUGCCUGAAAAAUGCUGAACUUCACUAAUUUGAGUUUCCUUCAGAGUUGACUGUUUCUCAUAAUGUUUUAUACAGUCAUUUGAUGUAACUUACUGUCAUUUUGGAUUUUUAUUUAUUCCAAAUGCACAGUAAUGUCAUGUUACCUUAAGGGAACAAUAUCUGGGAUUGAUGAGUAAUAAUGAGUGAAUAGUUUUGGUAAACAAGGGAUUAUGUCAUCUUAGUCUUUGAAGUAAUAAUAAUGUAUAUCUGUGAUGUGCACUGAUACUUUGUGAGGUACUGUUAUUAGCCAUGCUGCUACAACACGUCAGAUUUAAUAACUACAUUUAACACUCAAGAAGUUUACAGAGGAAGAAUAUCCAUUAAUACUACCUUUACUUUAUGGUGGUAAUCCUGCUUUUUAAUCAACUAUCUGUUAGAAUCUGUGCUGCUUUUAAAUUGACAAAUGAAUGUUUGAAUGGUUGAGUGAUCGAUGGUGCUUUUUUCUUUUUUCACGACAUUUUUUUGUUGAUUUUUUUUUAAUGUGAAAUCAAAUGGCUGAUAAGUGCAGUUCUGA